AUGUAUUGCAGCUCCUGCUCCCUUCUCCCGGCACUGGCCUUGCUCUCUUGCCAAUAUGCUCAUGCCCGAACCUCCAGUUCUCAGCUAUUAGCUUACACUGUGCCUGCCGGCUUCCCAACCAGCCUCUUUCCUGCGUACUAUAUACCACCUUCCCCAACGCAAGAACCACAACCCAUUGUGUUCGACCCGGCCUUGAACUACACGUUUCCGUUGGAACUAACAAAUCAAACCAAUAUUCCCGAGGAGAGUGAAGAUCCAAUCUUCUUUCCGACGCCGUUGUUCACAGUCACGAACGGAAGUGCGAUCGUCACCGAUGCUAUCAGCCAGUUCAAUGCCAUCUUGGCCACCAAUGCAACCAACUGUACGAAGUGUAUAUCGGCUUUGGAGGUUGGCCAAUAUGUAGCGCAACGGGUGCCUACCUUGGUCCCUGAAUUGCUGCUCCAACUGUGCAUAAGCAGCGAUUUCGGGUCUAACACGAGCUGCCACGAGUCCUACGAUGCAGAAAACUAUGGCGCCAUCUAUGCUCAAGUUCUGGCCUUUGCGAACGUUUCUGGAUCUGACGGCCAGUAUCUGUGCAACUAUGUCAGCAGUAACUUUUGCCCUCGACCAUAUACUCUUCCAUCGAACACGACAGCAUAUUUCGGACCCAAGCCGAGCAACGUUACGGUGCCGAAACCAAGUGGCAACCGAGUCAAGGUCGUCCAUCUCAGCGACUUCCACAUUGAUCCCAGGUACGAUGUAGGCUCUGAGGCCAACUGCACUAGUGGGUUAUGCUGCCGCUCCAAUAACCCCAAAAGCGCUUCCGGUCAGCUGGAGAUCCCAUCUCCCCUGUAUGGAGCGUUCAAAUGUGACAGUCCUUAUUUCCUGCUGACGUCUGCGCUGGAAUCCAUUGGCCCACUUACUGGCACUACGUCGAACAACAAGAGCGACAGCGACCAAUUUGCCUGGGGUAUCUACACUGGUGAUCUUGUCUCGCAUGAAUCUCAGAACGAGCUGUCGAACAAUUACACCGAGUAUGCCGAGGUGGCGAUCUACCACAUGAUCAAGUCGUUUAUCCCAUCUGGGCCGAUAUUCCCUGUGCUUGGCAACCACGACACGAAUCCUGACGGGAUUAACUCGCCACAUAGCUUACCAGGGCCUCUGGGCCAGCAGCAAUCGUGGAACUGGAAUCACGUUGCAUCCCUCUGGCAGCAGAACAACUGGAUCACACCAGAGGCUGCACAAGAGGCUCGAACGCACUAUGGAGGUUACAGCAUCAAUCACCCCAAGUAUCCGAAGCUGCGUAUCAUUACCUUUAACACCGACUUCUGGUAUCGGUCAAACCUUUUGAAUUACAUCAACACCACAAACCCGGACAACAGUGGCGCCUUCAAGUUUGUAGCGCAAGAACUACUAGACGCUGAGAGCAAGGGAGAACGAGUUUGGCUCAUUGGUCAUGUUCUUUCAGGUUGGGACGGGUCAAAUCCUCUUCCCAAUCCUACGGAUCUCUUCUACCAGAUCGUUGCCCGGUUCUCGCCACAUGUUAUUGCUGGCGUGUUCUUUGGUCAUACUCAUGAAGACCAGUCCUUUAUCUACUACAGCAACAAUGGCACCACCCAGGAUGCUGCCCAUGCCGUCAAUGUUGGCUGGAUGGGUCCAAGUGUUACGCCACUGACGAAUCUCAAUUCGGGCUACCGUAUGUACGAGGUCGACACAGGCGAUUUCUCCGUCUACAACGCCUUCACAUACUACGCCAACGUCAGUGCCUUUCAGACUAUCAACGCCUCAGAGACCGGUCCUGUGUGGAAGUUCGAGUACUCUACCCGCGACGCAUACCAGAUUGGAUGGCCUGCAAAUGCGCCCUUGAAUGCAACAUAUUGGCAAAAGGUCACCGAGGCCAUGGCUACGAAUCAUACCCUGGUGAGCUUGCAAAACACGUAUCAAGGCAAGAUGAGUGUCAAGACUCCAAACUGUACGAGCAACGCAUGUGCUGAGGCGAGGGUCUGCUACAUGCGUAGUGGAAGUGUUGCGCUGGGUAGACAGUGUCCUCAGGGGUGA